UGCGCACAGCCACAAGCACGCCGCCUGCCCUCGCCCCGCUUCACUGCGCUGCGACCGCUCCCCGGCGCCGGGUGACUGACAGCAGCGGUGCCCACUCCCGGCGGGGUGGGGCGGGGCCGGUGCGUGCGGACGCCGCUGCCGCAGCCCCCUGCGUGUGCUUCGCCUGCGCUCCGCGGCUGUCGCCAGGUAACUGCGGUGCGGCUCCUCCCGCCGACCGGGCCGAGGGGGGCUCUGGCGGCGUCACCUCCUGCCUGUCCGGCUGCGGGUGCUGAGGCAGCCCAAGAAGAGGGCUCUGGGGCCGCUGGGUGGACGAUGCCAUGCUGCCUCAGAAGAGGGGACGAAUACCUCCCAGAACAGGCAUGAACUCUUACUGGAAAGUCCUGACAGUUUUCAUAACAUUUCUUCCAAGUGCAUCAUCUCUUCAGUCAACUCAGCCCAGAGUGCUCCUAGUAUCUUUUGAUGGAUUCCGGUGGGAUUACAUCUAUAAAACCUCAACUCCCAAUUUUCAUUAUGCCAUGGACAAUGGGGUUCAUGUCAAACAGGUCACAAAUGUGUUUAUAACAAAAACAUAUCCUAACCAUUAUACAAUGGUAACUGGGCUCUAUGCAGAAAGCCACGGAGUAGUUGCUAAUGAAAUGUAUGAUCCUAUUCUGAAUGAAACUUUCUCUGUGAACAAAAUGGAUAUCCAUAACUCCAAGUUCUGGGAAGAGGCCAGCCCAAUAUGGAUAACAAACCAGAGAGCAGGGCAUAAAACUGGAGCAGCAAUGUGGCCAGGAACAGAUGUGAAAAUACAUGGAAUCCUUCCUACAUAUUAUAUGCCCUACAAUCAAUCUGUUUCCUUUGAAGACAGAGUUGCUAGGCUUAUUGACUGGUUUACAUCAAAAGAAUCCAUAAACCUUGGUCUGCUGUACUGGGAACAGCCUGAUGAGAUGGGCCACAUUCUGGGUCCUGAAAACCCACUUAUGAGACCAAUAAUCAGUGACAUUGACAAAAAGCUAGGCUACCUAAUGUCUGAACUGAAGAAAGCAAAGCUGUGGGAUGUGAUGAAUGUCAUCGUCACAAGUGAUCAUGGAAUGUCACAGUCCUCCUCGAAAAGACUCAUCGAGCUUGAUCAGUAUGUGAAUAGAGAGCUCUAUGAAGUCAUUGACCACUCUCCUGCAGUAGCCAUUUUGCCAAAAGAAGGCAAACUGGAUGAAGUCUAUGAAGCUUUGGCCAAUGCUCAUCCCAACAUGACUGUAUAUAAAAAGGAGCAGAUUCCUGAUAGAUUCCAUUACAAGCACAACAGUAGAAUCCAACCAAUCCUAGCAGUGGCUGAUAAAGGAUGGGAAAUAGUACACAAUAAGUCAGAUGGUUUCCAACUUGGUAAUCACGGAUAUGACAACGUCAUACCAGAAAUGCAUCCCAUUUUCAUGGCAUUUGGGCCUGCUUUCAGAAAAAAUGCCACCAAAGAAGCCAUGAAUGCUACAGACUUGUACCCCUUACUGUGCUACCUACUUGCUAUUAACCCACUACCAAACAAUGGUUCAUUCAACGCUGUGAAAGACAUACUUGCUGAAGAAGUUCCUGAAGCCUUUGGAGCAGACACUUAUGCUACUGCUGCCGGAGUUUUUCUGGGCAUCUGUCUUGUUCUAGUUUUUAUUUUAGCUUUUUUUAAGCAUCAUAUCCUCACCCAAGGACCUGCCAUGCAAAUGCUUCAUACUGAAGCUGCCCAGCCACUGCUUCAAGGUUAAUAACACUUGGUUCUAUUUCUCCUGUUUCAUGCUUAAAAUGAGCUUACACAAGAAAAAAAUAUUGAGGUGGAUCAGCAUAUAUAUGCAGAGUGGAAAAAAAACCCAGAUGUUGAUCCAUUGGUGCACUGGAGUUCUUACAUGCUAGGUAUGCAGAGAAAGAGCAUGUUUCUGUUCUACACUACAAUCAUUUAAUCUUUCAGAGAUUGAAAAUAUUCUAGAUGUAGACAUGUAGUGACAAUAGACCUUGGAUACCUCAUUCUGAGCUACUCUUAGGGGAAAUAACAUCAGCUAAGGUGCACUUCACAGACUAUUACAUGGAGAUGUAAUUUCCUACUUUUUGUUGUUAUUGUCUCUUGGAUUCUAACAAGUCACUGAAGUAUUUAGGCUUCUUUCCUGGCCAAGGAAGCUCUUCAUGGAUCACCUUUACAGUGAGCUUGGUGAUUGCAGUAACCAACGUUACUGCUAAGCUAAGUCAUGCACUACUAAGUGUCUAAAGUGAGAGAUAGGCCUGUUUCUGUAAAAUGCUGUCUUAAAUGUAGCCCCAAAACAUGAUUUGAGGUGGUGUUGCCUUUAGCAAUCAGUAUUAAAUUACUUGAUAAUUUUUUUCUUUAUUUAGGUAAAUAUAGUUCUUUAUUUUUCUGAUGUUUCCUGUACACUGGACUGAAUUUUCUAGGAAUAAGCACAACAUCUGUAUAUCCAAAUCGAG